AUGGCGUCAUCCUCCUCAGCAGACCGUUACGCCGCCAACAUCCAGGGAUGGAACAUCCAACAGGUCAACACGCCCCCACAGUACCUCGGCCGAAAAACUCUCCCCAUCAAGCGCACAGACGCAGAACCGCUGAACAGAGAGGACCUCCAGUACGACCUGCUCUACUUCAUCUUCACCGACACCACAAAGGCCUUCGUCGACCACCUCGCUCCCAACCGUCCCGUCGUCAACUUUUGCGACCUCUACGUCAAUGCGCUCUACAACUCCCCCAAGUGCUCCAAGGUCCUCAAAGACAAGAUGGUCGAGACCCCCGCCUUCGCAAUCGAGUUCGCGAAAAUUGCCCUCUUGACCAACGUCGGGCGCAUCAAUACCACCAUGGCGUUCUUUCCAGAGAUGAAAACUGCUCUUCGGAGCUACCACCCGGUUCCCUCCUUGCAGAAGACCGAUGGGAACCUUCAAGACGCUCCUCGGAUCAAGAACUGCCUGAAGGCGGCGCUUUUGCCUUUUGAAUUCAAGACGCCCCCUCCGUCAUCACCGGCGGAAAUUCUCGACAAGGCACGCGCCGGGCACAUCCCGCCGACGAGCGUCGUGAACCUCAUCUUUGUGCUCUCGAACUCCAAUCACGCGAUGACCGUGGCGCAAAAGCACUUCGAUCCGCCGGUGGAAUUCCUCGACCUGUUUUUGCCCAUCAAUCUGUCAUCCCAGUCGCGGGCGCGCGUGUUCUUGUGGAUCAUGUACCACUACCUCUCCGGCCCCGACGGCCUGAACCCCUUCGACGACGAGUACUCGCGCGCGAACCCCGGCCGCGUCCCGCGCAUGCGCCCGCUCUCGCGCGAGGAGCAGGCGCAGGAGAACAUCGACCCCGCCGACGAGCUCGAGUGGGGCAAGCGCAUGUCCGCGCUGCGCAGCAAGUUCCUGCGCGAGCUCGUCGACGAGAUGGAGAUGGAGAAGCGCCGCAAGAAGAAUCCGCUUCCCCCGCCGCCGCCUGCGCCGUCCACGUCGUACUCUGGUGAGUUCUGGCGCGCUGGACACGGAAUAAAUUUUAUCCGCUGGAGUGAGCGGGCCCGGUACGCGGCGUCCGAGGGCCCAGGCAGCAGGGGUUCGUCGCACUCACACGAGAGUCGGCCGCUCGCUCAGGCGUCCUACGCGUCGACCUCUCGGCCGCUCCCGCAGCUUGAGCCAUUCAGAGGCGAUACCACUGGGGAGGAUCCUACCCAGGAGCGCACCAUGCUGAACCAGGCGUGGCAUGUCAUCAAUACCGCCGAUCCGUUGGACGACUCAGAUAAAGAGGGAGACGACCACGUCCGCCUCGAGUAUAACCGUCGCCUCCGAGUCCUCGCUCGGCUCCGCGGCAAAGAGCCUACACCGGAACCAGAGAUGCAGCAAGGCAGCAGCAGCGGUGGGCAGGGGGACGCAGGAACCGGGCGGCUGCAGCACGUGCAGUCCUGGCGUUGA